AUGGAAAAAUGUUACAAGGACAUGUUCAUCGGCAUCGGAAGACGCUUCAUCAUGCUCAUCUGCGAACUCGUUAUUCAAAAGCGCAACUUUUUUAAGGAAAACCACAGCAUUUGUAGAAUGAAUUGUAGGUUUUAUGCUCAUGCAUUGUUAAAGUUUUCUGAAGGUCUUGUCAAUGAGUAUCAAAUUGUGCAGCAAGUAUAA